AUGAAACAUAAGACUUAUAUAACGUCAAAAGAACUAUCACAAGCAGCAACGACAAAAGCUAGACGACAUAAAACACCAGCAUGGACACCACCCCCGCCGCCGCCGCCGCCUUUAGCACGGUCACAACUAGAAUCAUCAAUGCCACCGCCGCCACAGCCAGUACUACAAGAAGCAUCAAUACAAUCACCACCACUACGGCGACGAUUAGAUACAUCAUUACACGUACCAACACGACCAGAAUCAUCAUCACGACAACGGCCACCACAAGUAUUAAUACCACCUGUGCCACCUAUACAAGACUCACUCACUUCGCCAAUAAACGGUGAUGAUCAUUUAGAGAAUCCACCUACACCACAGUCAUGUAGUACACCUAUUCCUAAUCAUUCUACUGGAUCCAACACGAACUACCGGCAUUCAUCGGACAUUUCUUACAUAUAUGUCGAGAAUAAAAAAUUUCUACCUGACGGUAAUUCUAUAGCUCGAAACAUUAGCUCCGUAUUUAGUGAGAAACAAGAUCCAACGGGAUAUACCUGGAGUGCUGUAAAUGCAGAUAUGAAAACAUUUUACUGGCAGGAUUUUGAGAGAAUAUACUCCUGGAAUCCUAGUGAUGCAAAGGUUAUUAAAGCCACAUGGAACAGAGUUGUAUCAACUCACUAUAACCAAACUCUUGCUAAGUGGAGAAGUUUGUGGAAAAGGAAGAAAAGCAUACCUGAAGGUGUUAAAGAAGAAAUUUGGAAUUCUUGGCUUAAAAAAUGGGAAUCAGAGGAUUGGAAAAAGAAAUCCGAGCAGGCUUCAAAAAAUAGAAAUUCAGAACCGUGUGGUCCCGGUACCGGUGUCGCUAAGCAUACAGGAGGAUCCAAAAGUGCGUUAGAGCACGCGAAAACGAUGGUAAUUGAAGGUGGUGUGAAUGAAUGGACAUUUUUUCGAAAGUUCCAUAUGAGGAAAGAUGGGGAAUUUGUUGAUAGCAAAUCUCGUAUUACUAAUGUAAGUAUAUAUUUUGAAUCAUAACUAUUAAAAAAGUUCACAUUAUGUAUUUAAUUUAUUGGUUUAAUGCAUAUGUAGGAUAAGA